AUGGCGACGAACAAAGAACGAUUGGAGGGCUUAGAAUCUUCAAUGAUUGAGAUGAAAAACUCCAUCCAACAAUUGGUGGAGAUCGUGACGUCUCGAGCAAGCCAACCAAAAAAACAGAGGAAGAAACACAACAGUCAUGAAUCAGCAUCAUCAGGUUCCAACUCUAGUGAGGAAUCAGCGGACGACCAAAGCUCAGAGUCUGAGGGGUCCGUGAGAAGUUCAGCAUCGACACAAAGGCAAGAAAAAGGGCGAAACAUUCCGAUUCGGAUGGAAUUCCCGCGAUUUACAGGAACAGACCCCCAUGUUUGGAUUGAUCGUGCAGAACAAUACUUCGAGGUGCAACGUAUAGAAAAAUCAGAAAAGGUACGUGUUGCCUCAUUUUACUUAGAAGGAGAGGCAAAUCAAUGGUGGAGGUGGUUUAAACACGUGAAUCACCACAGAAAAGUAUCAUGGCGGAGUUUUAAAAAGGGAUUGUUGGUUCGUUUUGAAUCAUCAGUUUAUGAGGAUCCCAACGAAGCCAUCGGAAAACUAAAACAAACUGGGGCUUUCCGAAACUAUCUAAGUGAGUUUGAGAGGCUUAUGAAUGCACUCCCGCACUGGCAUCCUAGUGCAUUGCUUGGUAUAUUCAUGGCAGGACUUAAAGAGGAAUUAGCGUGUGAGGUGCGGAUGUGGAAACCCAGAAACUUACAAGCCGCCAUCGAAUUGGCUAAACGUAAGGAAGAGCAACUAAUUCACUCGCGAAAAUCCGUAAUACAAUCGAUGAAACCUUCACCCAAACCAGCCUCGCACGGAGAAGAAACAACCACACCAGUGGGAGCUUCGAAAACAGCGACGGCAGUUCGCCGUUUAUCUCGGGAAGAGGUUAGUAGACGUCGUGAGCUGAACUUAUGUUUUAAUUGCAAUGAGAAAUAUGCUCCGGGACAUGUAUGUAAGGGAGGAAAUGCAUGGUCAAUUGAAAUUUAUGUUGAUGAAGGAGAAGAUGAUGAUUUGGAGGAAAGUAAAAAUGAACAUAUCUCUAUUAAUGCACUGACUGGUCAGACCAACUAUCGAACAAUGCGUUUUUCUGGAAAAAUUGAAAAUCAUUCAAUUCAUUUUCUAGUGGAUAGUGGAGCUAGCUUGAAUUUCAUUGGCCCACAUAUUGCAAAAAAGCUUCAUCGAGCUGUGGUUGAACAAAAUGCAUUCAAUGUUCGUGUUGCAAAUGGCGAAAAAUUGGAAUGUCGGGAACGGUUUGAUGAUGUCCUUGUUACCAUACAAGGAUUGGAAUUUCAUGUAACCUUAUAUACUCUUCCAGUUAUCGGCGCUGACAUUGUCCUAGGAGUACCGUGGUUGGAACAAUUGGGCCCUAUUUUGACAGAUUUCAAGAAGCUAACCAUGGAAUUUGGAGUUGAGGGAGAUAGGAAAGUGUUAAGGGGGAUUGUUUCCAAUUCUCCCCAAGCGAGUGGGAUAAAUGUCUUGCUUAGAGAAUGGAAAAGUGGGGCUGAAUUGUAUGUGGUGGCAGAGCAAUGUGUCAAAGCUAUCGGGAAUGAGAGAAUUGAUGAUUUCGUACCUAAGGAAAUACAAAAACUACUCAACAACUUCCCAGAAGUUAUGGCUGAACCUAAGGGCCUACCGCCACGUCGGGAGUUUGAUCAUCGGAUUCGCUUGCUUGAUGAGUCUCGACCUGUGAAUGUUGCCCCGUAUCGGUAUGCUCAUUUCCAAAAGGAUGAGAUUGAACGCCAAGUUGAAACAAUGCUUCAAAAUGGGCUCAUAAAACGAAGCACAAGUCCCUUCUCAUCACCCAUCUUACUUGUAAAGAAGAAGGACGGUACAUGGCGAUUUUGUACGGACUACAGGGCUUUGAAUGAGGUGACGAUCAAGGAUAGAUUUCCAAUUCCUACAAUCGACGACAUGCUCGACGAGUUACAUGGGGCAACAUAUUUUAGCAAGUUAGACUUGCGUGCAGGGUACCAUCAGAUACGAGUUCAUCCCGAAGAUACAAUGAAAACAGCCUUUCGGACUCAUAGUGGACACUACGAGUAUCUGGUAAUGCCGUUUGGUCUAUGUAAUGCUCCAUCGACGUUCCAAGCCACCAUGAACCAUCUUUUCAGACCCUACUUGCGGAAGUUUGUCUUGGUAUUUUUCGAUGAUAUCUUGGUUUAUAGUAACGAGUGGAAGUCACACUUAUCACAUCUAAGAAAGGUUUUAGAGAUUCUUCAAGUAAAUCAGCUUGUGAUCAAACCAAGCAAAUGUUUUUUUGGACAAAAGGAAGUUGAAUACUUAGGACAUUUUAUCUCCCGACAUGGAGUUCGGGUAGAUAAUCGCAAAGUAGCAGCAAUGGAAACGUGGCCGACUCCAAAAUCAGUGACGGAAUUGCGUGGAUUUUUGGGAUUAACGGGUACUAUCGAAAAUUUGUUAAAGGGUAUGGAGAGAUAG